UCUUCUACAUCCAGAUGGAGCGUUUUGCCCGUCAAGCUGUGCGUGACGCUCUCACCCGGGAAGGCACGCCUCAUCUGGCCAGAGAGAGUCAGCUGCGAGUGGGUCGUGAUACCGAGCUUUACCGCAUACUGAACAUGCACUACAACAAGAGUAACGUUUACCAGGUUCCAGAGAGAUUUAUCGAGGUGUCGGAGGUGGCUCUGAGAGAGUUCUACUCAGCCAUUUGGACUGGGCGGGACAGCGACCCCUGCUGGAAGAAAGGAAUAUACAAAAUCAUCUGUAAGCUGGACAGCCCACUGCCGGAUGCGUUCAGAAUGCCAGGUUGUCCAGUGGGCUGACGGCUGAACUAAUUUUCCUCCUGUACAUAAACGCAAACGCAUGCUCGGAAACACAUUUAUCCAAAUAUAUACAAUCUGCUCCAUGCUGGAUUGUGAGACGUGGGAUGAGGGGAGUCCGCGGUUAGAUUAAAAAUUAUUGCGUCAAAUAUAAACAGGAAAGCACAAGUAGAAUCAACACGUUGCACACAGGCAGGCUCAGUGCUCAAAUAAGAGUCUUGUGACUGCUUUUAUUGCGGACGUGCUCAUACGCUGAUUUAAAACGGACAAAGGAGGGAAUUCCUUCUCGAACAUUCCUCAGCAGUCAGCUGACCUCUGAAAUCAGCGUUUCUUGCUUGAUAAAAACCCCUGAAGAAGAGAGUUACUGCAGCCAGAGACCGAAACUAAAUAUUUUGUCACAGAAUUACGCAGAAAUGCUUUGUGUGUUUAUUUAAGAUGGCUGCAUUUUUUAAUUAUUGGCUA